UUAGUACGUAUGGUACUUAAGUAUUUUAGUACACUGGCGGUAACAUUGGUAUUUAAAUUAUUGCUUAAUAUUUAUUUACAUUCUGCAUCGGUCAGUUAACUAUUCAUUUAAUAAGUUAUUUGUUGAGAAAUGUGUGGACGCACCUGCUUAACUCUAGACCCUGAUCAGGUUAUCUGUGCCUGUAAAUAUCCUAAGAAAACAACAAGACAGGAGCCCGAUUCCAAAGAGGAAGAUGAUUUCAAGGAUGAGAAAGAAUCGAAAAUGGAGACACCCGAGUGGCGGGCGGAGUUCAACCUGGGAAGACGCUACCAGGCCUCCUAUAACAUAGCGCCCACCGAUAUUACGCCCGUGAUCGUGUCCGCAGCUCAUUUCUCAGACGCCGAGGAUCAGAAGUGCGCCCGCGUGGUAAUGCCCAUGAUGUGGGGCAUGAUUCCCUUCUGGCACAAGGGUGACUACCGGCGGCAUGGGCUUACCACCAACAAUUGCCGGCUGGAGCACCUGAUGGACUCCAAGCUGUAUCGGGGUCCCUUCAAGCGGGGUCAGCGGUGUGUAGUUAUUUGCGAAGGAUUCUAUGAGUGGCAGACGGCUGGACCGGCAAAGAAACCAUCGGAGCGAGAGGCUUACCUGGUAUUCGUACCCCAGGUGGGAGAUGUGAAGAUCUACGACAAGAGUACGUGGUCGCCGCAGAAUGUGAAGCUUUUGAGAAUGGCUGGACUUUUUGACGUCUGGGAGGAUGAAAGUGGCGACAAGAUGUACAGCUACAGUAUCAUCACCUUCCAGUCCAGCAAAAUCAUGUCCUGGAUGCACUAUCGCAUGCCAGCGAUCCUGGAAACCGAGCAGCAAAUGAAUGAUUGGCUGGACUUUAAGCGAGUAAGCGAUACCGAAGCCUUGGCUACAUUGCGGCCGGCUACCGAACUGCAAUGGCAUCGAGUAACCAAGAUGGUGAACAACUCGCGAAACAAAAGCGAGGAAUGCAACAAACCAAUCGAAUUGGCGGCUAAGCCCGCAAAGCCAGCGAUGAACAAAACCAUGAUGUCGUGGCUGAAUGCCCGUAAGAAGCGGGAAGAUGAAAUUAAAACGGAACAGAGCGACGUCAGUGAUGGGGAGAAUCAGGAAAAAGAAGGUGCAACCAAGCGACGGACCUCCGCUGACGGUUCACCCGUUGCCAGUCCGGCCAAGCGACCCAGAUUCAGGGACUUAAAGAGCGCAGCUCUGAAGCAAAGCGGCAACACAAGCGAUAGCGAGGUUAAAUUGGCCGAAAGAUAAACCUGAGCAGUAAUUAAACUUCCAUAGUUGUAGUACAUUAAGUUUAUUUUCAUUAAAAACCAAAAUUUUUAUUUUCAAU